AUGCAGAUAUUUAAACCUGAAAUAAAUAAUAAUGGAUGGGAAAUUCUUCCAGAACAUGAACAGGCCGUAACAGAUUGGCAAGAAGAUUAG